AUUGUUGCUCGCGUUUCCGCUCCGGGGGACUGAGACUGAAGUAGGAUGUUCCCUCUCCUUGAAGCCCCAGGUUGGGGGCAGUUGAGGGCUGCAGCUGGACUUGAAAGUGCUUUUUAAAGAGGAGAGUCGCAGAAAAUUCGGGAUUUUUCAAAAUACAUGAGUCGCUGCUGCCAACUCGUAUUUUUUUGCAGCGUUUACCGGGAGCUCCGUCGUCCAGGAGCAGAAAAAAGAAACAAUGAUCGGAAGCUACUUUUCAGGCUGGGGAAGCCAACAAUACCGUGAAUGCAAUACGUAGAAGAAGCGCCACAAAGGAAUUACAACAUUCGGGUUGCUAUCGAUGUCCUUGUAUCCCCUUCUGGAUUUUGGAUUAAUCAAUUUGCAGCAUGGAAGGCCGGGAUUUCGCUCCGCCGCCGCACCUCUUGUCAGAGCGGGGCGCCCUGGUCCACCGCGCCACCUCUCGGAUCGCUUCCGCCGGCCACGGCUCCGUACAACAUUCCGGUCACUUCCAGACUGGGAAAUAUUACCCAUCUCACCUUCCAAUGGCCCCGCACUCAGGUAAUGGACUGAUGGGGAACUCGUCCACCUCCUUCAUGGGGACGUUCCUUACCGGCAGUCUUGGGUCACCCCCUUCGCACCCCUCACACCCUUCUGGGCCCCCUGCCUCUCCCUCAUCACCAUCUUUCCAUGGUGGACCUCACUCCAGCGCCUCCCAGAUAUGGUUUCCACAUUCUCAUGAAGCCCCAGGGUAUCCCCGUUUCUCAGGGAGUCUGGCCCACACCUUCCUUCCCAUGAGUCACCUGGAUCACCAUGGAAACAGUAGCGUCCUCUAUGGCCAGCAUCCCUUCUAUGAUGCUCAAAAAGAAAACUUCUAUCUUCGAGGCCUGCCGUCACAGGAGCCCCUCCUGCCAGCCAAUCACGGCCUUCCACCCGUCUCUCGAACAGCAAGUAGCCAACCACUGCGGUCCUGCAGCCGGGAGCGUGACAUGGGGGGCGAUAGUGUCCACAAGAGCCUGAAGGAGGGGGGAGCACAUCGGCCCUUGGCUCCUGGUACCAAAGAGAAGGAGAGGUCCACUGGCAAGCAGGAGGCCAAGGACAGGCAGCAGCACAAACAGCAAGCCCACCCCAACCCCCACUCACACCAGCACCCACACCCUCAGCCACCAUCCUCCCUGGAGGAGGAGAACAGUAGGGCCCUGGCAAGGCACAAGGCAACCCUGGUAGCAGAGUACAAGGAUGACUCAGUAGCCAGGGACAAGCACCUGAGUGCCUGCCUGCUUCACACCAAGGCACAGAAUGGGAGUCUGGCUGCUGUUGCUAAGGGCUCCCUGUUGAGUUGCGGGGGUGGAGGGAGCAAUCAGGGCCGGAACCCCGGAGCUGGAGGAAAUCUCCGCUGUGCCAAGGAUGGAUUGAGUCCGGAGAUGAGGAUCAGCGAGAAGCCCUCCGAUUGCCUGGAAAGGGCUCCCACGCUGCACCACUCCAUGCCCUACCGUGUACCCACAUCACUGGGCUCGGCCGUUAACGCUGGGGGCUUCCACUGCCUGCCCCUGCAUCCCAGCCACCACCACCACCCCCCACAUCACCCACACCAUCCUCAUCACCCCUACCACACAGACUUUUACAGUCCACCCCCUCCACCUCCUCUUGCUAACCCUGCAGGCCAGGAAAAGGGGCUGUCUAUAGGUGGCCAGGAUCCCAAGACGACAGGUCCCACCUUUGUACCAUCUGUGAGCCACCAGGGAGACAAAACCAACGAGCCGUUCCAGCUCCGGAAUCCCGAUUGCCGGAGGGUGGGUGGUGGCCGGGGCAACGGCGCAGCAGGCACCAAAGACAAGUCCAUGGAGAAAAGUGGCAGUGAGAGUGGUGUGGGGUCCAACACCUGGCCCAGGAAGCAGCAACAACAGCCACCACCACAUCAUCAUGCCUAUGCCAAGGCAGAAAAGGCUCCUGAUUGGCUACAGAGCCAGCAGCAGCACAACCAGCACGCUAUUCCUCCAACACACCUGGGUCCACGGCCGCGCAGUGGGGAUUGCAUCAACAAUUCAGACCUGGACUUUCGGCCUUCCCUGCCUCAGGCUGGCCUCAGCACUCCCUCUUUCCGGAACUGCUCCCACCUGGGUCUAUCUACCAAUGGCCAGGUUCCUGAGGGGAAGGUUCCACAGGGUGGAGGGAUACCAGGGGGUUGCGUGCUGCAGCGUGACGGACAGAAGGUGGCCCGCAUACGCCACCAGCAACACCACAGGGCAGUUUCAGAUGACUCAGGGCCCAAACUGGGACUAGGCUGCAGUGGGGCAGAGGGAAAGCGGAAGACAGACAUGCCCACCCUUGGGUAUGUGUGUGGCAGUGGGCAGCAACAGCCAGUGCCCCCCUGGGCAGUGCGUGCAUCCCAGCUCCAGGUGGAUGAGGAACAGCGCAAAGGAUACCUGGAGUCCCUCACUGGAGGAACUGUUGGCCGGCCGCAGGGCCAGCAACAGCCACUACCAGGGAUGGGUCCCCCAUCUGGCCCUCAGGACUCGAAAGGCCCCCAAGGGGAGGGAGGGGCCAUGAGAAACCUGCUCAAGUAUAGCAGCCAGCAGCAGCCACUUCUGCUGUCCCAGAGAAACCCCUUUGGGGGAUUAGGGUGCCUCAAGUCUGGGGCAGGUGGGGACAGCUGCCCCGUGCAGGGUGACAAGCAUGCAUUACCCUCAAGGAAAACCCCCUCAGCCGAUGGGGAUAGGCCAGAUUGUGGCAGGAAGAGCCGUGAGUCAGGAGAUAUGCCCCACAGUGAGGGAGAAGUGCGGCAGCCACCUGUCGGCAUUGCCGUUGCUGUUGCGAGACAAAGGGAGCCAACCUGUCACCCUAUGGAUGGUUCCACAAGCCACACUCGACAGGACAGGAUGAUGCCUACUCUUAAAGGGGCUGUGAAGCCUGUGUUCCCGCUGGACCUCGAAACAGAGGAAGAGAGGAAGAGAAUGUGCGAAGAACAACUGGGUCGGCCCUGUUUGGAAAGGGACCGAGAGCUACUCGUCAGGGAUAACAAAAAGAGGGUAGAAUUUGCAAGAAUCCAUCCCUCCAGCAGUUGCCAUGGUGACAUCACCCCUCACCUCAUGGUGCCAGGUGGGACCUCCUUACAGUCAAGCCAGUUAGGGGCUGACCCUACUCCGCAUGUUCAUCCAGCGCACCACCAUUGGAUGUCGCAGACAGGAAGUCCCUCCUUGUGGGUGACUGGGCACUCCUAUGGUAUCGGUCAUGCUGCCCUGCACCAGAACCUACCCCCGGCUUUCUCGGCACCCAUGCCUGGCCCCCUGCAGCCGGUGUUGCCCCUCUCCCAGGACUCUUCCACACCACUGGUAGUGCUAUCCAGUGAGCCCACAGCCCGCCCGGCCACCCACCACCUGGAUGUGAUAGAGCAACCAGGACUGUGGCCCCCUGUGUACGGAGCCCGGGGACCUCCUUCUCACAUGCAGCAUGCCACCGUGUUCUCCCAAUCUCAGUUUCUACGGCAACAAGAGUUCUACGCACUGCAGCAGCAACAGCAGCAGCAGCAACAGCAACAGCACAGAGUUGCCCAGAGCAUGGAGUUACAGCAUAGGAGCAGCCACCCCCAGACACAGAAGAAGACAGAGGAACCCCCCAUGGACCUUGAAGAGCUGAUAUCUGAGCCGGGUACCCUGAGACCUGCCAAGCCCUUCUCCUUUGUUACAUCCCACAAGAAGACGGCCUCCUCAGUGUCCUGCCCUACCCGCCUGUCUCCCUGCUGUCGCUCGCCAUCCCUGCGCCCCCACCCCAAGAGCACCCCUUGCACUCCCUGCCCGACUCCUAGCCCAGCUGCUGCAGCCCCCCACUCCCCCGCCCUAAGUCCUGCCCCACCCCGUAAAACGAAAGGGGCAGAGGCACAGGACAUGAGAGCGGAGGGGCAGCCGCCACAGGACUACCCACAAACCCUGGAGCCUGAUCUGCCCCCUGGAUAUACGUACCCUGCCAUUGUCAUGGGGUACAGGAGUGGCCCUUCCCCUCAGGAUGUCCAGCUGGCCGAGCCUGCUGAUCUCGAGGCAGCACAGGCCGAGCCGUCGCAGCGAGCCCCAUCUCUGCUACCUGCCCUGGGAAAGAAGCAUGAGUGUAGCCCUGCGGGGAGGACAUUCCCAGAGCAGCAGCAAAAUGCAGAGGAGGAAGUGGGAACUACCAUGGAAGAUGGAGUGUUGGACAACCAUGUCGCCCCUGAGCAGGAGCAGGAGGAGGUGUACAGGAGCUGUUGCUUGGAAGAACGGCUGGCCCAUGAGGCCACCUCCACUUCAGAGGACGCUCAGAGAGAUGGCAUUCCUGUGUCCAAUCCAAAAGAAGUGGAGGAGGAGGACAAUGAGGAGAUACCAAUGGUGAAUGAAGAGGUCCAAGAAGAAGGAAUGGCGAAAUGGAAGGAGGAAGUGACCCAUGCUGACCAGAGUUUGGAACAGCCAACAUGCAGCCAGUCAGAGGAGGCUAUUCCAUGUGAGGCAGCAGGCCCUAAGAAGAGCUGUGAUGAAGACCUCAGUUCUCCUGUGCCAACUGCUGCUAUAUCUGCUGUUCCAUGUCCAGCCUCCACAUCCCCCCAGGCCCCUAUCUUAAGCUGCUGGAGUCUGGAGCUCCUGAUCGCUGCAACACUGUGUGCCAGUGGGAAUAUGCCCCCUCCUAACCGAAGCUCCCAAGUCCUGCCCUGCCACAGCAACCAUGGCAUGGAGCUACUGAGUGAACUGGCUGAACUGGAGCUGCGGCAGCGGCAGUGGGACAGUGGCGGCAGCAGCAGCUGCCAGGAGGAGGAACUACUGACCUUUGACCUUCACAACUUAGCCACCCUAGCGACAGCCCGUGCCCUGGAACUGGGGCCCGAGGGCAGCUUGCAAGCCAGCACGGAACAGCCCGGCCUCAUCCGUCGAACUGUAAAUCUGCGCAGGAAGUGCAGUUGGACACCCCGUCAUGAGCCGGUGUGCCCAGUCAAGGGUGCCAUGGAAACGAUGGGUGCGCAGGAACUGGCUAUGCGGGUACAGCUUGCGGAACUGCAGCAGCGCUACAAAGAAAAGCAGAGGGAGCUGGCAAAGCUGCAGAGGAAGCACGACCACCAGAGAGAAGAGACACCUCGUAGCCCUGCUCGUCGGGGGCCCGGGCGGCCCCGAAAACGCAAGUCUACACACAGCACAGGCACUGCAACUCCAGCAGAUGGGCCACGCAAGAUCAAGUCUCUCGGGGUAGGGGUUGGUCUGCAGUCUGAGGAUACGGCUGGAGGCAAGGAAGUUCAGAAGAAGAAAAAGAAGAAGCCAUCUAAUCAGAGCUUUGACUGGCUCAGCUCAGCACAGAUGAAGGCGCAGUGCUACAAGUCCAGCAGUCGACCAGCUGUGCUCAGCUCCAAGCUGGCCUGCAAGGUGUCCCGGCUGAAGCAGAAGGUCAAAACCACAAGGGCAUCCUCAGCAGGGUUGCUCUUUGGUCGUAGGCAUGGCCUGGUGUCCACCCAAGGACAGGGCCCCGCAAGGCGCAGCAAUGACUCCGAUGAUCACAGUGACACAGAGGAAGAUGAAGAAGAGGGCAGUUGUGACAGUGAAGGACAGGAUGACAUCAGAGUUUCAUCUUCUAGAGACUCUUCAUCAAGUUCUGUGGUACCUGGGCCCUCACCCUCAUCCGUUGUAAAGUUAGAGGCUAAUCAGAAAGCCAGGAACAAAAAGGAAAGGCAAGGGCUUUACGGAUCCCCAAGCCUGUUUAGCACUGAAGGGCAAGUCAAGGUAAAGAAGAAGGCCCCCUGCAGGUCAACAGCUGUCACAGCUAUCAAGAAGCGCCUGGAGGACAGGGAGCAGGAGGGUGCAAAGAUAACUCGAACUUCCAAGCCAUGUGCAGAACGGUCACUGUUGGAGAAGCCACAGGGUGGGGCAGCCUCCGUAAGCAUCGCUGAGCGGCUAAAGAGGGCCAGUUGCAAAAACUCAGCGCGGCACGGAGCAGUGGGGAAGCCAAAGGGUCAUGCCGUGAGCCGACUGCUGGAAAGUUUUGCUACCAAUGAAGGCUUCCAGAUAGAUGAGGACAGCAGCUUCUCAGAGGGGGAUGAGGACAGUGGCCCCUCAGGGUGCUCGAGUCAAACACACAGAAGCCCUCCAGCCACCCCAAGCUGCAUUUUGACCCGAAAGGUGCUCACCAAUGGGCUCAAGGUGCUGGUCUCCAAAGAGGAUGAGCUAAUGUAUGCUGCUCGGGUGUACACACUGGAGCUGCCUGACAUCUAUAAAAUUGUUAUUGAUGGGGAGAGAGGAAACAGGCAGAGGAUCUACACUUUGGAUCAGCUGGUGGACGAAGCAGUUCUAGAUGUGUGUCCCGAGACAGAGGAGUUGCUUACAGCAGGAACGCGGGUUUGUGCAUACUGGAGUGAGCGAUCGCGCUGUUUGUACCCAGGAUAUGUACGCCGAGGGAGCCCAGGUGAAGAAGGGAAGGCGGGCAGUGUCAUGGUAGAGUUUGACGACGGUGAUCGGGGAUGGAUCUCUUUGGCCCACAUUCGCCUCCUGCCGCCAGAUUACCAGAUUCGUUCUCCAUCAAGUUUUGAGCCUUCCGCUACAGCUGGCUCCAGUGCACAGAGAGGAAUAAAGACCUCCAAUUUAGAAAAAACCAUGCAGACUGAAGUGUCAUCCAAGAGGCCAAGCAAGACUGAGAUCUCAAAAGACACCAAGACCAUUACUGUCGUCAAGGCCAAGCCAGGCAGACCAAAGGGGUCAGGUAUAAAGACUCGUUUGGCAAGCAGCAUGUCUAGGAAUACCAGCUCCUUCCUGAGCUGGCCGAAUGUGGCAGUCCCAAAAAAGAAGGCCCCACAUAAUCCCUUUCAAGUCAACGGGAUUCCCAGGAAGCCUCUUAAGAGGAAAAAGGCCGAAACAUUUCCUCUUUCAACUGACCCUGCAACAGCUGCUACCAAAGGCAUUUUCAAGAGCUCCUUUGCUGUAGAUUCCUUCAGCAGCAUUGCUAAUGGUUACUCAUCUUUUGGUAGUCAAUCUGCUGUAAUACCCAUAAACCCCAGGAGUUCACUCUAUAGCCGCAACAAAAAACUAGGAGAAGGCACAGGCUUGCAGGGCAGGAAGGCUGAAUUUCUUGUGAAACUUGACCACGAGGGCGUAACCUCUCCCAAGACCAAGAGUAGUAAAGCCCUGCUGUUGCAUGGAUCUCCAGGACAAGGAAGUCAAUUGGACAAAGGUUUUGGGACCAAAGGUUUAGGUUGUCUGACCCAUCCAACAGGUUAUUCUCACCCUGUUCUCCUUGUUAAGGACAACAAGAAGGGAAAUGGAGACCGGGCAGAGCUCUUACUCAAGGGGGCAUCCAGCCUGAAGAAGCCAACACCGCCUAUGGCACUGGCUGAGUAUGCUGAUUUUGGCAUGAACUGCCAUAGCGACUGCCCUAGCUCUUAUUCUGACAUGGAUGAGGAAGAUGAGGAUGAGAGGGAAAGUGCAUUAGUCACAGCCUCCGGGGGUCUCCGGACAGCAGGGAGUUUCCUCUCCCGCCUCUCUGUCUCGUCCUCUUCCUCUGGAUCUUCCAGCUCCUCCAGCUCUGGCUCCCUUUCCAGCUCCAGUCUCUGUUCCUCGGACAACGACUCAUCUUACAGCUCUGAGGAUGAGGAGAGUUCUACACUGCUGCUGCAAAGCUGCCUAUCCUCCCAGCACUCCCUCCUACAGACCACUGAGUCAGCUUCUGGGCCACUGCAGGGGUCCUUCGUGGCCAAAGCCAUGGCAGUUGCAGGCACCAAGAGUGGGAGCCACAGCAGUACUAACAGUAAACCUCUUAAGAGGAAGGAGUACCCUAACUCCGUGCCUAAGGAUUCCAAGGAUGUGGCUAAGAGGCCAAAACUGCAGGUCAUCAACAACCAGCCUAAGAUCUCAUCCUUCCUGUCUGCACAGCAGCUUUGGAAAUGGUCUGGAAACCCCACACAGAGACGAGGAAUGAAGGGCAAAGCACGCAAGCUAUUCUACAAGGCCAUUGUACGUGGCAAGGACAUGGUACGAGUAGGUGACUGCGCUGUUUUUCUGUCUGCUGGCCGGCCACACCUACCUUAUGUUGGUCGCAUUGAGAGCUUUUGGGAAUCCUGGGCCGGCAGUAUGGUGGUGAAGGUGAAAUGGUUCUACCACCCAGAGGAAACCAAGCUGGGGAAGCGGCAUGGAGAUGGCAAGCAUGCCCUGUACCAGUCAUCUCACGAGGAUGAGAAUGACGUCCAGACAAUCUCCCACAAGUGCCAGGUGGUAAGCCGGGAGGAGUACGAGAGACUGAUCCGUGGCAGGAAGCCAGCUGGUGCUAACCACGACCUCUACUACCUGGCAGGGACCUAUGACCCCACCAGUGGUCAGUUAGUCACCGCAGAGGGGUUACCAAUCCUAUGUUAGCAUUUGUAUCAUCUUUCAAACACUUUUGAAGAAACCCUGCUUCCUUAAGGAUGGUGCUGGAGGAAUGCAGAGUGUUUCUUUGGUUUUAUUAAAAGAAGGAAUGAGCUUGUGGCCACUUGUCACUGAGGGAAGGUGCAAGUAGCAUCCAGUUAUCACCUUGAAUGCUUGAAGGACAACAAAAUAUAGAAACCUGGGAUGUCCAGGACAGAUAGCACCACAAGGUCUAGGAUCACAGAAGAUAGAGAAGCAUAGAGUCCUAGUCAAGUUCUCUAAGACUCUCCCUAGAACAGCCAAAUCCACACAAGUAAUUCUGCAAUCUAAAAUAAUUAAAAAAGAAAAAAAAAGAAUUUGUGUGAAAUUUAACUGCUGUUGACCAAAACCCCUCUGAGGGUAUGACCACAAAAAGAGGCAGGUGAACUAACAUUGAUUUCUGCAAAAAUACAGUAUCUAUUCACAGCAUAUUGAACAGAUGGUAGCACAUCUCUUAGAAAAGCACUGUCUGUGUACCCCGUCAUUUAUCUAUACAUGUGGACAUAGAUGAGAACAUUCUUGUGGCUUGGUCUGUUACAAUAUAUGACCUCAUUUGAGGAAAGAACUGUGGUGUUUGGAAUAUUAGUAUUCCAGACCUCACUAUUACUAUUCCAGGGAAUUUUUUUUUUAAGUGCAGUCACAUCUGUGUGUGUGCGUAUACGUGGUACAAAAUUAAACCAUAUGUAUACAUUUAUAAGCACACACACAUAGACAUGCUGUAGAGAUAAAGGAAUUAUGUUCCUUUUAAGCCAUACAGUCCAGUACCUCUUGCCUGAAUUCAGGUGUUUAUUGUACAGGUUUAUUCUUUUCUUCAUGUCUAUAUGUAUAUAAAAAUGUUUACCUAUAUGUCUGUGUAUGCUGUACAUAUAUACUGAAAGGACAAUAUUUUACAAUGAUUUAGUUGUGUCCUUUUAAAAGGUUGGUGAAUACAGAUUUAGAUUUUUGUGGAAAGCUAAACUGAAACAAUUGGAACACACAUAAAAAAGGAAUAAGUUUAGGAUGCAUGUACUAACAUGUUUUUUAAUAUAGAUUGUAUUUUCUUAUUCUUUUGAAAUUUUCCCCACUAAAUUUUUUCCCCGCUAUUUUAUGGCUUAAAUGAUGGUUGCCAUUUCAGCCAAAAGAAAAUUAGAAGAAAUUAGAAGAAAACUACAAAAAAGUGAAAGAUAUUCAAUCAAAUGCCCCUGUCCUGUGAUAAUAUGGGAAAGGGCUGACCUCAUGACAGAGGGCAAAGGACUGUGCCUUGGUCAACAGCUUGGCAGGUUUGGGGCUUUAAUUUCUGCAUCUCAAUGUGUUGUGCACUUGGCUCGCUUUUCCACAAGAAGGGUACAGUACCAGUCAAAAGUAUGGGUGGUACCCGGUGUCACUGACUGUGGUCCAUAGGCGCCCACAUGAGCAGAACUGAGGCACUGGACAGCAGGCGUCACUCCCAAAGAGGCCUUAUUGCUCAAGCAACAAGAGGAAUGUGACCCCUUCAGUGAGAACACACCAACCAAAACUAAAAUAUGCACAAAAACUAAAAAACACAAAGGACAACAGAAAAACAGCCCAUACAUUGCAGACUAGGACCUAGUCUCAGGAGCCUUCCUACUCUCUCCCAGUACUCCCCAGCUUCUCAAGUCCACAAACCAGUUGCUUUUCAAAAUCCUUGUUGACUGCUCCCUUACUUGGCAGCAGCUGCUCCUCAUUAUGCCCUCAAGGCAGCGCAGGAUCAGCCAGUUGAGUGCUGUCCAUCAGUUAAACCCUGCUCCUCCCAGUGAAGAACUGUCCACCAGCUUACACUGGACAGUACUCAUAUGAGUGAAACUGGGCAAAAAAAGAGGGCAAAACAACCCAUGACUGUCUUACAGUUCUGGGGGGUGUGGUGGCGCAGUGGGUUGGACCACAGUCCUGCUCUCCGGUGGGUCUGGGGU